AUGGCAUCCGGUACAAUCGGCUACGCACUCCUCCUAGGCCUCUGCGCUAACAUGAUACAGACCAUGGACCAUACACGCAGGCUACACAGGGAGAAGUUAAAGGAAGUCGAAGAUUACAUGCAGUACCAGAAGCUUCCCAAGCAACUCCGCAACCGCAUUCGAGACUACUUCGAGAACCGCUAUGGCGGCCGCGUCUUCGACGAGGCAAACAUCCUGAAAACCUUGUCGGAUCCGCUCAGGGAGGAAGUUUUGAACUACAACAUCCGGACCACGGUCAGGACGGUGCCCUUCUUCGCGCAAGCGGACCCGGAGUUGGUGGCUGACCUGGUACUUCGGCUGAAGCCCGAGUUCUUCCAGCCGCGCGACGUGAUUGUCAAGCAGGGCACUGUCGGGCACAAGAUGUACUUCGUCCAGGCCGGCAGAGUGAGCGUCACCAUGGACGACGGCCAGGUCGUCGGGACCGCGUCGGAGGGAACUCAUUUCGGAGAGCGAUGCCUGCUGACGAAGGCGAGGCGUCGUGCGAACGUAAUCGCCGAGACCUACUGCCAUCUGUUGUCCCUCUCGGACGAUGACUUUCACCAGGCGCUCGACGGACGUCCCUUGAUGAAGAAGGCCAUGGAAGAACUCGUCAGGGAACAACAGUCGAAGCAAUCCGUCGCUGUGCCCGACUGAUGGACACAUGGAACUCCGUUGGGUGGCGCUUUUUGAUGACGUGUGCUUUUCCACCUUUGUGUUUGUCUUGUCUUGUGUUUGUAAAAAAUGUUUAAUGUUAACUUGUUAUCGAAGCUUGUUUUGUUUGUGCUAGAAAAAAGUGAACAUACAACAAUUGUCGAACG